AUGAAUAGUAUGACCAACGUGCUAAAGAAAAAUGAUCUUUAUAUAUUUGAUUUGUCCGAACAACUUCUGAAUUCAUUGAAUUUGAUGAGUUUUGAUCCCAUGUUACGAGAAGUUGAGGUAGAUAACCACUCUUAUAAUGAUGAGAACAAGAAAAUUAGGGAUUCUCAACUACCAAGACAAAAGGUUACACCAAGCUCCAUGCGUUGCAGUGUUUGUCAGGUGAACUUUGACUCCAGGGAUGUACAAAAGGCCCACUACCAGACUGAUUAUCAUUUGAUGAAUAUCAAGCGUAAUAUAAGGGGGUUGAGCAUUCUGUCUGUCGUAGAAUUCGAUAAUCUAGUUUCUAAGGAGCGUGAUAUUAAAUCUGAACAUGAACAUUCUGAUAACGAACAAAUAUCUAGUGAUGAUGAAGAGGAAAGUGAAGAAACCAGCGAUAAAGAUUCGAACCUACAAGUUGGUGAUCAAAUGGAAAAUAUAAUUGAAAAUGAUAUGCAAAAAUUAGGUUUUCAGGAAGAUGAACCGAAUGUUGUCAGCCAUAUUAAUACUCAAUCACCUUUUAUCUACUUUAAAUCGAACCUUCUUCAAGAGAAUGAGGUUCUGGGAGUUUAUAAGUCUGUGUUUAGUAAAAAAUCUCUUUCUAAACCACACGAAGCCUUGGCCUUUUGGAACUCGGAAGAAAACCCUUUGAUGGCAAUUUCAGCCCUUUUUAUGGUAGGAGGUGGCCAUUUUGCGGGAGCAAUUGUUUCUCAUCAAAGGCUCAACGUAAAGGGGAAUGCUCACAAAAAGAACGAAACUUUAAUUGAGCAAGCAGUAAAUUUCUUGGAGCACAAGACGUUUCAUAGGUAUACUACCAGAAGGAAACAAGGUGGUUCUCAAUCAGCAAUGGACAAUGCAAAGGGGAAAGCCAAUUCUGCUGGUUCGGCCCUUCGUAGGUACAACGAAAACGCAUUAAAAACGGAUAUACAAGGCUUAUUAAAAGACUGGGAACCUUACUUGUCAAAAUGUGACAAUAUUUUUAUUCGAGCUCGUAACGUUAAUGAUAGAAAAAUUUUUACUGAUAAUAAUAUUUUGAUAAAAAAUGAUGAAAGGAUAAAGAGCUUUCCUUUCACUACAAGUAGGCCAACCGUAUUGGAGUUGAAAAAGGCAUGGUGUGAACUCUGUUAUCUGAAAAUUCUACCUAAGCCUGAGCCUUUAACAGUAAAGCAAAGAGUACAAAAGUCAGAAAGCUCAAACAAGAAGGAUAAAAUUGAAGAAAAGCAAGAACUUUCGCCGGAGGAAGCUCAAACAGAAGAAGCGAUCUCUCUAGUGAAGAAGGGGAGAGUCCCUUUACUUGUAUCCUUUUUAAAAAAGAAUAAGCUCAAUGGAGACUUUCAGUUGAAACCCGCCAGUAAAUACUCUCUAACUCCAACUAUGUUACAUUAUGCAUCACAACAAGGAAUGAAAAAAAUGGUUUUGAUUUUACUUUCGAAUAUCAAGUGUGAUCCUACGAUCAAGAACAGAUUGGGAAGGACUGCAUGGGAUUUAACUAGGGAUCACGAUGUAAAACACGCAUUUCAAAUUGCAAGGCACAAUUUAGGUGAAUCUUUCACUAAUUGGGAUGAAUCGCAUAUUGGAGAGCCGUUGAGUAGAGAACAAGUUAGUGAACUCAAUGAAAAAGAGGAAGCGAUGGAGAAUCAAAGAACAGAAAAACUAAUUAAAUUAGAGCUAGAAGCUGCAAAGGAAAGACAGAGAUUUGCUAAAGAUGCAAUAAGAGGUCCCGGAAAAAAGCUAACCAAUAUACCAUCAGUCGAACAACAAAAUCUCAAUUCAUUGACCGAUGAACAAAGACGCCGAUUGAUGAGAGAACAACGGGCUAGAGCUGCAGAGGAGAGAAUGAAGAAGGCCACAAAGUAA